AUGAAUUCAGCAAAUGAAGAAUAAAAAAUGAAAAAAACAACUACUUAGUUUUCGUUUAAGCCUACUGUCUUACCAUAAGUAAUGUCUACUUGUAAAUUGGGUCGUUUUCCAAUGGAUGGCAAACUAGGUGAAUCAUUUCAAGAAUCAAAUAAAAGAUAUAACAGAUAAUAUUUCAGAAUUCAAACUUAAGCUGAGAAAUAAGAGAAAGUAGAAAAAGACAAAGGAAUUGAGGUAUUUUAAUUUAUUAAUCUAUUUUAAGGAUGUUUAUAUUUAGAUGUAAAAUAAUCAAGAGGAUAUAUAUGAAGACAUGAAACCAAAAGAAUUGGUUGGACCUGAAUCAAUAAAAAAUUAUUAUUAAACUUAUAAAAAGAUAACAAGAAUAAAGGAGUAGAACAAACUUUUUGCAAUAUAGAGUAAAAUAGAUUAUAAUUUAUUUAGACUCUGUCCAAACUAAUCUUAUAAUAAAAUCAGAAUAAUUAAGAUUAUUACCAUGUAAAAUGGGUUUAAUAAAAUAAAAAGGAGAGUCAAAAGUUCUAGCAAUAGAAAACCAUAAAUUUGGUGAUAAAUAUGUUGAAGUACUAUCUGAAGGUUUAAGAACUCUUCCUGUAAUUUAGGAUUUCAAUUUUAAUUCAAAUAGAAUUAAAGAAAAUGGUGCAUCAUUGAUAUUACCUUUGAUUUCUAAAUAAGCAAGGUCUAUUGAAAUGGUAUCAAACAUAAUUGGGAGAAAAGGAUUAGAACCAGUACUAAAUGUACUUCCAUUAUAAACUUGCAAGUAUAUAUGUUUUAAUGAAUAUAAAGGAUAUAAAUCUUGAAUUUAGAAGAUAAUCAGUUGGGAGAUCUCUUAGCUUAAGAACUCUUUAAAUCCAUGUAAAAAAAUAAUACUGUAAAAUUACUUAAUGUAUCAAAAAAUCAAAUCACUAAUGCUUCCUACCCUUUCAUUAAAUAAAUGAUUGAAACUAAUGAUUCUUUAGAAGAAUUGUAUCUUCAUUGGAAUUUAAUCAAAGGAAGUGGAGGAGCUGAACUUUUUAAAGCAUUAAUUCCUAAUAAGAAUAUGAAAGUUUUAGAUUUGUCUUAUAAUUUAUUAGGAUGUGGUGGUUAAAGUUUAACACCUAUUCUCAAAUAAUUCUUUGAGGAAAAUAAAGAUAUGAUUCAUUUAGAUCUUUCUGCAAAUUAAUUCAGUUUACCAGAUAGUUAAUCUAUAUCUGAAUCUUUAAAGGAAAAUCAUACAAUUUAUGGUUUUCAUUUCAAUGGCAAUUUUGGAUAUGUUGAUUCUAAAGGCUUUUUAAUAAUUUAGAAUGAAAUGAGAAACUUUAAUUAAAUACAUACAGAUUAUAGAAUUAGAGGAUGUGAAACUCAUAGUAAGCCUUAUUCCAAAGGUCCUCGAUCAGAAAAAAUGAUGGAUGUAUGCUGGAUUUGUGAUGGAUGGCAGGGUUAAAAAUUUGAAUGGAUUCCAAGUAAUAGAAGUAUAUACUAAUAAUUAGAUAAGAGUGGAAAUGCAUCAGAAGAACCAAUAUUUAUACAUUUUGAUUUUGAAGGAUAUGAAGCAAUAUUUUUAGGGAAACCGGAUGAAAAUGGUAUAUUCUCAACAAAUAGAAUGGUACCAACAGGUGAAUUAGAUUAUUUUUACACUGGAAAUUAAUUAUAAGUGGCAAGUUUAACUGAACCAUUAAAGAUUCAUAAUGAGAAAUUUAGAGUUAGAACGAAAAUAGCUGAUUAAGUUACAGAUGUAUUAUUAGAUGAAACAAAUCAUUAAAUGAUAAAUAAAGGAAAGCCAGUUAUAUAGGAUUGGGAUCCAAAUUAUGAUGUAAAACCAAGAACUUGUGAUCCAAUAUAUAUACCUAUAAAAUAAAAAAAAUAGAAACGUGCAUGGUCAUUUCCAAUAUCAAUUUGGGCACCAAAAUAUAAAUUUGAUACAGAAGAAUUAUUGCGGAAAUGUUUUGAGAGAGAUUGGAAUUGUUGUAAGAUAACUAAAUUCGUAAAGAAGGUAGAGGAAUAAGAAUAAAUAAAAGAAAUGCUUUGGUAAUCGUAUAAACCAAUAAGAGAGACAUAUAGAUAUUAUUCAGCAAUAAAUCCAAGUGGUGAUGUAUUUUCUAUGUCUUAAAAUCCAACUUCAGAAUUUGUGAAUCAAUGUUAAUUAAUUGAUGGUAAAUAAAUGAAAUUGGCUGAUGUUGAUUUAAAAUUUAUAGCUACUUGUAGUGCAUCAUAAUCUGAUUGGAAAGGUAACUUUAGGAAUCCAGAGAGAUAUUUAGUUAGAUAUUAAAUGAUGGAAUUUUUAGUGAGAUUAUCUGAAGAUAAAUAUAUCAGAAAUUAACCUGGUUCACCAUCAUAUGCUUAGGCUACUCGUAUGAUAUUAGAUUAAUGUUUACCAUAUAUGUCUUAAUUUGAUUCUCAUAAAUGGAGAAUGGAAAGAUAUUUUAUAGAAUAAUGUGAUGAUGUAUGUAAAAAGCACAAACAAGUUAUUGAUUAUGUUUAUAUGCAUAAUUCAUAAAAAAAAGUAAAACCAGGAUAAGCACCAUUUAUGUGUUUGGAUGAAUUAAAAGAUGUAUGUAAUACAGCUAAUCUUUAUGAUGAGAAUUUUGUCGAAAGAGAUGUUAAUUUAGCAUUUUGUUUAUCUAUGUUAACCUAAGUUGAUGAAUUAGAAAGUGAUAGACUCUUUUAAAUGUAAUGGAUAGAAUUUAUGGAAGCAUUAGCUAGAAUAGCUGAUAAAUACUCUCCUAUAGGAAUUGGAAAGUAAAAUGAUGUAUUGUUUUUAUAUAACUAUAUAGAAAGAAUGGACUUAUGAAUAAAGAUUCUCAUAACCAUUGUAUUAUAAAUUAGAAGCUUUUAUGGUUCAUUUAAUUCAUACUUCAGUAGAUGAAGAAACAAAAAAGAACUGGAAGAUACCAACAGUUUCAAUGUUCGAUGUAAUUGAAGAAGAUGAUUAAUGA